AUGAACCAAGAAUCCAAAGGGUCUCUCGGUGUUGUCUUUGCUACGAACAAAAGUGUGAAGAAUUCUCUACUAUUUGCGAUUGAUAGUCAAGCUCAAAGAACUAGGAGACCAACUCGUAGAGCUUGA